AUGAAGGAUGCCGCAGAAGGCGGUGUGAAUGCGUGGAGUGAGGCUAAGAAACCGCUGCAGAUUCUCGUGGACACUGGAAGCAGCAACUUCGCCGUGGCAGGUGCCCCGCAUUCUUACAUAGACUCGUACUUUGACACGGAGAGGUCCAGCACGUACCGCUCCAAGGGCUUUGACGUCACUGUGAAGUACACGCAAGGGAGCUGGACCGGCUUCGUGGGGGAGGACGUGGUCACCAUCCCGAAAGGCUUCAAUGGCUCAUUUCUUGUCAACAUUGCCACCAUCUUCGAAUCCGAGAACUUCUUUCUGCCCGGCGUCAAAUGGAACGGGAUUCUGGGACUCGCGUAUGCUGCCCUGGCCAAGCCGUCAAGUUCCCUGGAGACAUUCUUUGAUUCUCUGGUGGCACAAGCAAGUAUCCCCAACGUCUUCUCCAUGCAGAUGUGUGGGGCGGGACUGCCCGUCGCUGGAUCCGGUACCAACGGAGGUAGUCUUGUCCUGGGUGGAAUUGAACCAAGUUUGUACAAAGGAGACAUCUGGUAUACCCCUAUUAAGGAGGAGUGGUAUUACCAGAUAGAAAUUCUGAAAUUGGAAAUUGGAGGCCAGAGCCUUAAUCUGGACUGCAGAGAGUACAAUGCAGACAAAGCCAUCGUGGAUAGCGGCACCACACUUCUGCGCCUGCCCCAGAAGGUGUUUGAUGCGGUUGUUGAAGCCGUGGCCCGCACGUCUCUGAUUCCAGAAUUCUCUGAUGGUUUCUGGACCGGGUCCCAGCUGGCUUGCUGGACGAAUUCUGAGACGCCUUGGUCUUACUUCCCUAAAAUCUCCAUCUACCUGAGAGACGAGAACUCCAGCCGAUCGUUCCGCCUAACCAUCCUGCCUCAGCUUUACAUCCAGCCCAUGAUGGGGGCUGGCCUGAACUACGAAUGUUACCGAUUCGGCAUUUCACCUUCCACCAACGCGCUGGUGAUCGGUGCUACCGUGAUGGAGGGCUUCUACGUGGUCUUUGACAGAGCUCGGAAGAGGGUGGGCUUUGCGGCAAGCCCCUGUGCAGAAAUUGCCGGUGCUCCAGUGUCUGAAAUUUCUGGGCCUUUCUCAACAGACGACAUAGCCAGCAACUGCGUCCCCGCCCUGCCUUUGAAUGAGCCCAUUUUGUGGAUUGUCUCCUACACUCUCAUGAGCGUGUGUGGAAUCAUCCUUCUUACCCUGAUCGUCCUGCUGCUACUUCCUUUCCGGUGUCGGCGCCUGCCCCCGGACCCCGAGGUCGUCAAUGAUGAGUCCUCGCUCGUCCGGCAUCGCUGGAAAUGAAGAGCAGGGUCCGAGCUCGUGCGCGACUCUGAACUCUCUGUUAGGAGAAUUCCAUUUCAGGUGCAGCAGCCGGGGUCAUAAGGCAGGGUUCCUUCCUGUAACCACUAGUCUUAAAUCUGUUCUGCUCCCAGAUGCCUUCCAGAUUCACUGUAUUUUGAUUCUUGAUUUUAAAGCUUCCUUCUUCUCCCUCACUUCCAAGAAAAAUUAUAAUAAAAAACACCUCAUUCUAAACCAAAACAGAGUGAA